CGAGGUGGCCGCCAUCUUGCGUACGGAGGUGCGGCUUGUUGCUCAGAUUCUGAGAGCUGGGUUUUGAGUCUCUCCCGCGUGUCUGCUUUCGCUCGUGUCUCCGCGCUUCUUUCACCUUCUCAGAUGUUCGUGUCUUUCUAGAAGAAGGUUCUCUUGGGAGGUAAAAGUCAAUGCGGAACUGUGGUGUAAGAUGCCUCAUAGUGAAAUUGAAGCUAAAUCCAUGGGACAUGGGGAAGAACUAACAAGUGAACCAUGCUGUAAGAAACUGAAGUCUGCUGAAGAGGCACAUGUUUUCCCCUAUCAUGGUAGUGCUAAUUUUCACAGAAUCCGGGAAAAAACUGGAAAUGAUUGGGUGCCUGUGACCAUCAUUGAUGUCAGAGGACAUAGUUAUCCUCAGGAAGACAAAACCAAAACUACAGAUUUGCUGAAACCUGUGCAUGAUGAGAUGCCUGGUAAUAGACCGGAUGUUCCGGAUAUUAUUGAUUCUGUUGAUUCACAAGUUUUACAGGCCAGACACCCUCCAUUGGUAUCCACGGAUAACGAGAUAUAUAGCACAAGUAAAGCAUUUAUAGGACCCAUUUACAAACCCCCUGAGAAAAAAAAAUGUAACGCAAGGAGGACACAAGCAGACACUAUCAAUGGUAUAGAUGGCAAAGCAGGACAAGAAAAGAAACAGAAAAAAUCAGAAAUUGACAGUGAAUUAUUCCAGUUUUACAAAGAAAUUGAAGAGCUUGAAAAUAAAAAAGAUGAUUCAGAAGUCAGUGGUAAGGAACCUGAACCCUCUGAGGGACAGCUUAUUUCAUAUUAUCAGAGCAGUAAUAAUGAUGUGCUAAAAUCUGAAGAAGAAAAGGAAAAAGAGUUUAGUAAUGUCCUUCAGUCACAUUGUGGUUAUCAACAGUACCUGGGGAAUGAACCAGACGAAUAUCCUUGUGAUGGACACGUAAUACCAACAUUUUGUGACAAUUCGUUUACUUCCUUCAGGCCUGAAUGGCAAUCAAUGCAUUCUUUUAUAGUACCCCAAGACCCUCUUCUUCCUAGUUUUAAUAUUCAAAGAUUCAGUGUUCCACCAAAUCCACCAUCAAGUAUUUUCCAUGCCCAAGAUGGUUUUCAGCUACAAAAUGGAUAUUAUGUAAAUAAUUGUCAUGUUAACUGGAAUUGUUUGACUUUUGAUCAGAACAAUGAAUAUACUGACUGUAGUGACAUUACCAGUAGUGAUCAUCCUUCUAGAAAUGGCUACAGUGUGCAAGGUGGAUAUGCGAGUAAUGGUUUCUGUGAAACCAGUGAAGGAUGCUGGAAAGAUCCUUCUAUGGACAAGCAUAAUGGAACAGACAAGUUUAUGAAUCCGCAGUUUCAAGAGGAAAAGUUAAAUAAAUUGCAGAAGUUACUUAUUCUCUUAAGAGGCCUACCUGGUUCUGGGAAAACAACAUUGUCUCGAAUUCUACUUGGUCAGAGUCGUGAUGGCAUUGUGUUCAGCACUGAUGACUAUUUUCACCAUCAAGAUGGGUACAGGUAUAAUGUUAAUCAACUUGGUGAUGCCCAUGACUGGAACCAGAACAGAGCAAAACAAGCUAUCAAUCAGGGGAGAUCUCCAGUUAUAAUAGACAACACUAAUACACAAGCUUGGGAAAUGAAACCGUAUGUGGAAAUGGCCAUAGGAAAAGGAUACAGAGUAGAGUUUCAUGAACCUGAAACUUGGUGGAAAUUUGAUCCUGAAGAAUUAGAAAAGAGGAAUAAACAUGGUGUGUCUCGAAAGAAGAUUGCUCAGAUGUUGGAUCGUUAUGAAUAUCAAAUGUCCAUCUCUAUUGUAAUGAAUUCAGUGGAACCGCCACACAAAAGUACACAAAGACCUCCUCCUUCACAGGGGAGACAGAGAGAAAGGGAUUUGAACAAAACUGGGCACAGACUCAACAAAACCAAACAGAAAAGAAACAGAAGAAGAAAUAAAAAGAAGAGCAGUCAUAGUAAAAUCAUGGAUGAAAACUCAUUUGAAACCUUAAGUUAUCUUACAUCAGAAGAUCAGGACCCAUCUCAGAGUGAAGAGGAAGACUUAGAAGAGACCAAAAGAGAAGCAGAAUGUUCCUUCACUGGAGGUCUGAGACGUGAAGUAGGACAUUUCAGAAAUGGCCAGAAAGAUGAAAGACAGGAAAACAUAAAUUCUGAAAACACUUUGCCAAAAGUUAUGUCUGUAGUUGAGUUGGACGAUACAGCAAAGAAUUACCUGCCUAAGAAAGCUGAUGACUUGUUUCUAAGUUUGUCAUUGAUGCCCGAUGAAAGCUCUGUUUCCUGUCCAAAAGAGACUCAAAAUCUUUCCUGUGAAGCAAGUGAUGACUGCUCUGGCACAAAGGUAGAAAAGCAUACUGGAAAUAGAGAGAUCACGGCAUCAGACGUCCAGGACCGAUUUGUUGAAACCCCACACUCACUUAUGCAGAAGAGAGAGGUGAUAGAUAAGAGUCUUCUGAAUGAAACAAUUCUGUGCGAUCAACAUGGAUCUCGAACUUCAGAUAAAGUUUUACCAAAGGAACAAGGAGUAAAUACAACUAGAAACAAUUACUGGGCUUUUUUCUCAAAUGAUUUAUCUGAUGAAGAAUUACAACUGGGCUCUGAAAGACAACCCUAUUGUGAUAGCUGGCCUGAGGGACCUCAUAAGUUUAUAUGUGAGCAGAGACCAAAGAAAGAUAGAUGGCGAAAGGUAGCCUGUCCUGACAGCAAGGGGCAAUUGAUUAAAUUGAUCUCCACUUCUGAAGGAGCAUCAGGACCAGGAAGCAGUCCAGAAGCAUUGAUAGCAGAGAAGCAAUUGAUAGAAAAUGAAGAUUUGUCACCUCCAACUGAGAAUAUAGAUCCUGUCAUAGAAACAGAGACAAACAUCUUUAGAAGCUGCUUCCUUAAGCUGGAUAUCAUGAAGAGUGCCUUUCACUCCACAAAUAAAAAAAGGAGGCAGAAGAGGAUUUUCAGUUUGGCACCGAACUUUAACUUACUGGGACAGAUACAUAUCAGUGUAAAAGAAAGGGGGCAGUACAGCUUGUUAACAGAAAGCCAUGGAUUAAAAAUUACUUUGAAAGAAGAAAAUGAUAGAAUUUCAGAAAUAAAUAAUGAAGAAGAGAUUAAGAAAAAACUUACGACCUUCAGUCAUCAUCCAUCAUGGUUUUACUUUGAUAUUGUCAAAGAUACUCCUCUAAAUGUUGGUAGACAAUUUUAUUCUCAUUACCUGCCAUUUACCAGACUAAGGCACUCAGUAUAUUUUUACAAAAACCCCGUUACUUCUCUUAUGCCCCAAUAUACAUCUAGCUUUUGGAAGAUACCUUUUACAAGCAAGAAACCAUUAUUGACUUUCAGCUCUCAGACAAGAGUAGGUGAUAAACUAAAUGAUGUAAGGGUUACUUCAGAAAUUUUAAGUAGCCACCCUGAUACGUUGUACUCUUUUAGUGUCACUUCUGAUGUUCACUAUUUAACUGAAAGUUUUGGUAAAAAGCUGAAGACGUGGGAAGAACCUAAGUCAUUACAGUUCUUACAAACUGAGGAUAACCAAGAUUUAACAAGCCCUGACUGCUUUGAUUCCCUUGAGCUACCACUAUCACAAAGGUUUGCCUUUCAACUAGUAAAGCUUUUUGGAUCUCCUGGAGUUCCAGUGGAAUCUUUGUUGCCUUUUGACUGUGUGGUUCCCCUUGACUGGAAGACACUGAAGAUGAUCUAUUUGCAAUGGAAAACAUCAGUAGAGAAAAGACAGAAGAAGAUUUGUUUAAAAAAAUGAGAAUUCCUUGAACUGCUUGUGUUUGUUUGUAGUUGAAUUCUCCGUCUCUGGUACUGUUGAAGAUCGUACUCAUCCAGAAAGAGUGCUCAGCGCCAACCUAGAGGAUCAUCCACUCGUUGGAUACCAAAAUUGGUUUGAAUAAUCUGUUCAACCAUUCUUGAUCAGUUACCCGAAUACUAAUAAAAAAAAAAAACUCA